AUGAUAGGUUGCUCGCUAGACCCCCCAGUUCCUUCUAUGACCCUGUUUACAGAUGCUUCUCUGACAGGCUGGGGAGCUACCCUGGAAGGCAGAGAGGCAUCAGGUAUAUGGUCCGGUCUCCAGUUGACAGAACACAUCAAUUUACUGGAGAUGCGGGCUGUUCUUCUGGCAUUGAAACACUUUUCCAAAUUUGUUCAGGGUCAAUCUCUGAUGAUAGCCACAGACAAUACAACAGUAGUGGCUUAUCUGCAGAAUCAGGGCGGCACACAUUCUCAGUCUCUUUACCUUCUGUGCAAAGAAAUUCUGUUGUUUUGCCGUUCCCUGGGAAUUCGCUUGUCAGUCAGGCAUGUUCCUGGCAAUCUAAAUCUAGUAGCGGAUGCUCUCUCAAGGUCACUGCAUCCAGUGAAUACAGAAUGGGAGUUACAUCCAGCAGUCUUUCAGGAGAUCUGUCUCAAGUGGGAUCUUCCUCAUUUAGACCUCUUUGCUACGCAUCUGAAUUGCAAACUGCCAACGUUUGUCUCUCAGAUUCCAGACAACAAAGCUUUAGCAGUGGAUGCAAUGUCUUUCGAUUGGAAGGGGAUAUUUUCUUACAUGUUUCCUCCUUAUCGUCUUCUUCCCAAGAUUUUACACAAAAUCAGGGUAGAAAUUUGCAAGACCAUUCUUAUUGCUCCAGCAUGGCCAAUACAAUCUUGGUUUCCAGAUCUUCUUCAACUGUGUUGUGCGAGACCAAUUCUUCUUCCUCUCAGGAAAGAUCUUUUGUCUCAAUUCAAAGGCAGGAAAGUUCAUCAGAAUCUUUCCAACCUCCAUCUACACGCAUGGUUACUGUCAGGGAAUCUCUCAGACAGGAUGGCUUUUCUGACAGAGCAGCCAAACGUAUCUCUAGUUCGGUCAGAAAAUCUACAGGAGCAAUUUAUGACUCUAAGUGGAACAUCUUCUGUUCUUGGUGUUGUUCAAAGGAAAUUGAUCCUCUCGCAGUUACUGUCCAACAGUUAG